CAGGAAAGAUGGCGGCGGAGGAGAGCGGAGUGAAGCAGCGGAUCCACAAGAACAGCAUCUUCAGGGAAGAGACUUGUCCUACAGCCCGAACAUGACGCUGGAUCAUGGCAACACAAUGAAAACAGCAUCAGCUACAAGUUUAACUGAUGAGGAAAUGAUCAACGUGUCCCCCUCGUGACGACUACAGCCCCGUGUCCGUGAGACGACUACAGCCUCGUGUCCAUGAGACGACUACAGCCUCGUGUCCGUGAGACGACUACAGCCUCGUGUCCGUGAGACGACUACAGCCCCGUGUCCGUGAGACGACUACAGCCUCGUGUCCGUGAGACGACUACAGCCUUUUGUCCGUGAGACGACUACAGCCCCGUGUCCGUGAGACGACUACAGCCCCGUGUCCGUGAGACGACCACAGCCCCGCGUCCGUGAGACGACCACAGCCCCGCGUCCGUGAGACGACCACAGCCCCGCGUCCUUGAGACGACCACAGCCCUGUCCCCCAGAGGACUAGUUUCAUCUGGAAUAAUGUUACUAAAGCAGGUGGCCACAGGAUUAAACCGGACUCGUCUCAGAUGAGGGGUAAAGAGGAGGACGACGACCUGCUGCUGGAGGAGGAGGAGGAGGAGGACGAGGAGGAGGAGGAGGCGGCCCGGCCGGUCCAGAUCGUGGUGGCCGAUGAGGAGGAGCACUCGUUCUGGCUGCAGGAGGCGGCGCUGGAGCGGCUGCUGCUGCAGGAGGACGUCCAGGACCUCAACGUGGUGGUCGUCUCCGUGGCCGGAGCCUUUCGUAAGGGAAAGUCCUUCCUGCUGGACUUCAUGCUGCGCUACAUGUACCAGCAGUCGUCCGGGUCGUGGAUCGGGGGAGAGGAGGAGCCUCUGACCGGCUUCUCGUGGCGGGGCGGCUGUGAGAGGGAGACCACGGGCAUCCUGGCCUGGAACGAGGUGUUCGUGGUGGAGAAGCCAGACGGCAGCAAGGUCGCAGUUCUGCUGAUCGACACCCAGGGGGCGUUCGACAGCCAGUCCACCAUCAAAGACUGCGCCACGCUGUUCGCCCUCAGCACCAUGACCAGCUCGGUCCAGGUGUACAACUUGUCCCAGAACGUCCAGGAGGACGACCUGCAGCACCUCCAGCUCUUCACGGAGUACGGACGGCUGGCUCUGGAGGAGGUCUACGAGAAGCCUUUUCAGACUCUGAUGUUCCUGAUCCGAGACUGGAGUUACCCCUACGAACAUCCCUACGGUCUGGAGGGAGGCCAGAGCUUCCUGGAGAAACGUCUGCAGGUGAAGCAGAACCAACACGAGGAGCUGCAGAACGUCAGGAAACACAUCCACUCCUGCUUCUCCAACAUCAGCUGCUUCCUGCUGCCCCACCCCGGCCUCAGGGUGGCCACCAACCCCCACUUCGAUGGCCGGCUCAGAGACAUUGACGAUGACUUCAAGAAGGAGCUGGUGAACCUGGUCCCUGUGCUGCUGGCUCCGGAGAACCUGGUGGAGAAGGAGAUCGGAGGAGUCAAAGUGACCUGCAGAGACCUGCUGCACUACUUCAAGGCCUACAUGAAGAUCUACCAGGGGGAGGAGCUUCCUCACCCCAAGUCCAUGCUGCAGGCAACGGCUGAAGCUAAUAACCUGGCGGCGGUAGCUGGAGCCAAAGACGUGUACAACAAAAGCAUGGAGCAGGUCUGCGGUGGAGACCGACCCUACAUGUCGCCCUCGGAGCUGGAGCGGCGCCACCUGGAGCUGCGCCAGGCGUCGGUGCGACACUUCCGCUCGGUGAAGAAGAUGGGUGGCGAGGACUUCUGCCGGCGCUACCAGGAGCAGCUGGAGGCGGAGCUGGACGAGGCCUACGCCAACUUCACCAAACACAACGACGGAAAGAACAUCUUCUACGCGGCGCGGACCCCCGCCACGCUCUUCGCCGUCAUGCUGGCCAUGUACGUGGCCUCGCUGGUCACCGGCUUCCUGGGCGUCAGCUCCGUGGCCACGCUCUGUAACCUGGUGAUGGGCGUGGCCCUGACGGCGCUCUGCGUCUGGGCCUACGUCAAGUACUCCGGAGAGUUCCGGGAGGUGGGCGGGGUCAUCGACAAGGUGGCGGAGACCCUCUGGGAACAGAGGACUCCACGGAAGAUUUUAUGUAAACUCUUCGAGGUGGCUCGGAGUCGAAUCCCUCUGGGGGGUCUGAUCCCGGUCCCUCGUCCCAGACUGGCAUCAAACAACAACGUCAAGAAGAAAAACUAGCACUGUAGACCUGGACCUGGUCCUGGGCCAGGAUCUAGGCUGGAGGACUUGCUGUAGAUCUAUAUCUGGACCUGGACCUGGACCUGGACCUGGACCUCGGCUGGAGGACUUGCUGUAGAUCUGUAUCUGGAUCUGGACCAGGAUCUGGGCUGUAGAUCUAGACCUGCACCUGGACCUGGAUCCAGUUUGAUGUAUUUAAUUCUUUGUAAGUGGGCGGGGCUACAGUAUUUAUUGGGGGGAGGGGCCAUUAGUGAUUCCUGUUUAUGUGAAUGUAUGAAUGAAGAGCAUGACCACACCUCCUCCUCUUCCUCCUCCUCUUCCUCCUCUUCCUCCUCUUUUCUCCUUGUUUCUGUCGAAGCCAAAAACCUGUGAACUGAACGGUUUCAUUCCAAAUGUUGACCUGGG